AUGAUGGAGGGUGACAACUUCACUGCUGUCUCAGAAUUUGUCUUAGCAGGACUGACUAAUCACCGUAAAACCCAGAUUUUGCUUUUUGUGGUCAUCCUCAUCAUCUAUCUAUUUACUCUUUUGGGAAACGUUGUGAUCAUCGUGCUGGUGAAGACUGACUCCAGGCUUCACACACCCAUGUACUUCUUCUUGACUCAACUCUCAGGUCUGGAGAUUUGUUAUGUCUCCAACAUUGUGCCCCAGAUGUUGGUUCAUCUCUUGUCUGGAAAUGGAACCAUUUCCUUCAUACACUGCACAACUCAAAUGUACAUUGGCUUGUCCUUAGGUAGUACUGAAGGACUUCUUUUGGGGGUCAUGGCCUACGAUCGCUAUUUGGCCAUCUGUCAUCCUUUUUUUUAUACUGUUACCAUGGACAAGUGGCGGAGGGUGCAACUCACCAUAGUUUCAUGGGCUGGUGGCUUCCUCCUCUCCAUGAUGAAUGUGGGCUGUACCCUACGCCUCCCCUUCUGUGGCCCCAACCACAUCAAUCAUUUCUUCUGUGAGCUGCCAGUGCUGUUGAAACUUGCAUGUACUGAUACCUAUGCUACUGAGACCAUAAUUUUUGGAGCAGGUGUUCUGAUCCUGUUGGUUCCCCUGUCAGCUAUUCUGACCUCCUAUGGGCUCAUUCUAUCUACUGUACUACAGAUGCAGUCAGCUGCCGGUCGAAGCAAGGCCUUCUCCACAUGCGCUUCCCACUUGGCGGUGGUCGCCCUGUUCUAUGGCACGGUCAUCUAUAUCUAUAUGAGACCUCGGUCAAGAACAACUCCAGACAGCGACAAGAAAAUUGCUGUCUUUUACAUUAUAGUCACGCCUCUGCUCAACCCUAUUAUCUAUACCCUGAGAAACAAGGAUGUUCAUGGAGCAUUGGCCAAGAUGCUAAAUAAACAACACUAA